UAAAAUCAUGCGAGAAAGAUUGUCAAAAUGGUAUUGCCGAUGCCUUCGCUAAUAGUUGGAGUGACGAAGUUAAAACGAUCUACGGGAAUUUCAAAACAAACGCACUCGAACAUUUAUGUUAUGGUAUAUCAUAUACUAAAGUUUCAAAUGAUUCGACUGUGGUAGAUAACCUUACCAAAAAUGUGUACAGUUCCGUCUCUGACAAAAUCGAUAGUUUUAUGAAAACAUUCAUUUCAGGCAUGUCUGGUAUAAUUAAAAAUGCUAUUUUCAAAGAGGACCCAAAAAUGAUUGGUGAUUGUAAUAACCCUUAUCGAGUUACACAACCGCCUGUAGGUGUUAAUUGGACAUAUGAUGAUUGUGUUAAAAUGGAUUACGUUUGUGGGAAUCCACCUUCAAUAUGUCAUUUUUUAGAUAUCAAUAAGGAGAAAUGUUUUAAAGAUCUAAAAGCGAAUGUAACGGAAUGUUCAAAAGUUGGAGGAGUUUACAUUACCAUGAUCAACGAUACUGUUACAAAAAUUGCAUCUAACUAUAGUCUUACGAAAGAUAACUCUGAUUACUUUGUGGGCAGAGUUUUGAAAAAAUGUUCAAAGUUGCUUAAGUCAUUUAGAUAG